AUGGAAUCUGAGGAAGCACUGAAAUAUUAUUUAGAUGAAGUGAAAGAUACUCAGCAUGAUAUAAAUAUCAUCGAAGAGGAGGUUCACAUCCCAAACGAAGCGGAACAAGCCACUGAUUUCCUCCAUAAUGCCGGUUUGUCUGAUUUGACGAACCUCUACCAUCAAGGAGAAGAAAUAACGGAAACUGUGAUCAAGGACUCAGUCAGACAGAGAAAUCUGACCGAAAAGCAAGCCCAGACGAUUCGUUCGCGAGUAAAGACCCUAAAUAAAACUCUUAGAAGCCGACAGCCAAGAAGGAAGCAACGCCAAGAUAUAAGAGAUGUGUCUUGGAAUGUAGAGACAUCAAGUACGGGUACAAGAUCUAGAUCAGCAACACCAGAUUCUCUGGACUCCAUUGAUACUCUUAAUGAUGAUCUAACAUCUGAUGAAGACCAACACCUCAAUUCCUUGAACCCACUUUCUCUUGAUCCACAAUCUGGUAUAAAAACGAAAGUGAAAUGGACGAGUAGUGAGCCCCUACAAAAUAAGAAGUUCAACAGGAACGAUAAGGGGGAUGUAGCCCAUUUGGGUUCAGAAAAUGUGAUAUUGAAGGGCUACCAAGUGCUAACAGAAAAUGGUACGUUACCGCGGCCUAUACAAAGAGAAAGGAGUGGAAGUGACCCCACCACUGAGGUUCAUCUUCAACCCUUGAACGAAGAUGCAACCGAGGGACUGAGGGUGAAACCAAAUAACCUUCAUAAUCAAUUGUCUCGAAGUCAUAAUAAUUUACCAGUGAAUAAUUGCAGUAGAAUAUAUAUAAACAGUGGGGAAAGUGAAACAGUUAGUUUUGAAGGUAUAUUAAGGCAGACUGAAAAUGACCAACUGAAUACUGUGAUUUCCGAGAAAUGGGGUACAGAUGAAGGCAUCAGUAUUGACCAAUUGAGUGAUAGUGAAUACCAGUAUUUGAAACCACUAUUAUAUGUGGAGUUAGUUGCCAUAUUUGACCAAUACAAGAUUGUAAAAAGUUAUUUGAAAAGGAAGGCCAGUAAAAAUAAAGGUGGUAAUGUUUUUGGAGUGAAUCUAUCAACGUUAGUUAUGCGUGAUAUGCCCAGACCCUCUGACAUUUCUAUGGUGCCUGAAAUAUUCAAAACCAUUCUCAGUCAUCUGAACACAAGAUGCAUAAACGAAGACGGUAUCCUUCGAAUAGCAGGCCAAAAACAAAAACUAGAAAUAUUAUGCAACGAAAUUGAAUCCAAAUUCUACAAUAAUAGAAAAGACACAGAAAGUUUGCUUGGUCAAGCAACUGUACAUGAGUUAACUGGAGUACUUAAGAAACUAUUGAGGGAUUUACCUGAUCCUCUAUUCACCAUGGAACUAUUCGAACUAUUUUUUAAAACAAGUGCAAUUUCAAAUACAGAAGACAAAGUGAAAGCUUUGAAUUUGUUGGUACUGAUGCUUCCAAUUGAACAUCGAAAUACUUAUAGGUUACUUCUGAACUUUUUCCUGAAUAUAAUAAAUCACGAAAAACAGAAUCGAAUGAAUUUACACAAUGUAGCCAUGAUUACAGCUCCAUCUUUAUUUCCUCCAAGACUGUUAUUACCUAAUUUCUGUUUCAGGGAUAAUGAUAAGAUUAUACUGAAGCACCUCACAAAAGAAGAUUUGAAUAAACAGAUCAAGGACGCAGCAGUCUGUUGUGUUAUAAUGGAAACCAUGCUCAAUGCGGGCGAUAAGUUAUGGUCCGUCCCGACUCAUUUGGCCGAUCAGGCUCGAGAAGCCCAAAGGCGGGCUCAGAUCCGAAAAGAUUUGAGCAAAGAUAAAGACAAGAGAAUUCGGUCCGGUAAAACGAAAUUAGUAAGAAGCAGUACUCAGUAUGAGCCAGGUGCUAUGAAUAUACCAAAAUUUAAAAGAGAUUUAUUCAUUUAA